AUGGCUUCAUUUUUUCACCAGCUGAAAGUCCUACUCUGGAAAAACUGGUUAAGUGCUUACAGGCAGCCGGUGUGGUCUGUUGUACUCAUCGUAUGGCCUGUGGUCAUAUUCAUUAUACUAGCAAUCACUCGCCCCAAAUUCCCUCCUGUAAACGUUUCAAACUGUUACCUGGCUCCCCGCAGUCUCCAGAGUGCUGGAAUAAUACCUUUCCUGGAAACUUUUCUUUGUGACAAAGACACAUCAUGCAAAAACACAUCCUACUCACAAGAUCCAUACACCCCAAGAUCUGCCAGCAGUUUCAGGAUACAAAAACGUUCCAUAGAUACUGGAGGACCUGGCUUAACCGAUUUAUGGAUUAACAACUCAACAUCCUCACAGAUCAAUUCAGCAAAUUUGGAACUGUACAUAGACGGUAUCAACGACUGGAAGAUGCUGAUUGACGACUUGAGUACUGGAGACAUAAAAGGAGUUCUAUGUUUUUUUGUUAAUGCAAACCUUACACUAAACAUAAGCAACGCCGACCUCAUCUUUACUUCGUUCUGUACAAGCAACCAGACUCUGUCAGAUUUCAUUGCUUCACAACUUCUGUUACAGAUAAAGGACCCAACAACUAUACUAACUACGAUAAAGAAUUUCUCAACACAGUUAAAAACAGUGCAAAAUAACACAGCUCUAUGGAACUUCCUCCUGAAUAUCCCAGAAUAUAUCCGAAAUCCAGAGAGUCUAUCAUCUAACAUAGAUCUCAAUCUGAACAUCUCUUCUGACAUAUUGGGAACUUUUAACAUACAAUCGUGCUUGAAGUACAUCUUCAGAAUUGAAAAACAAGUGCAGAGUGGUUCAAUUAAUACCACAUUACUUGGGAUCAUGCAAACAAUAGCAGACCAAAACCUAAAUGAAUUAGAAAACUGUAUCUCAAUGACCAAGUGGCUUCAAUGCGAGAAUGGAACAAGCCAGUGUGGGCCUGAGGUGACUCAAGCAUUUGAAAUAUCUUAUUGGCUGGUGACAUCACUGAGUAAUGGAACUAACAGCAAUUUUUGUACAUUUAAUAGGACAAAUGUGACAUGUGAAAACCCCAUCAGCUUUCAACAAUUGCUGCAGAGUGCCAAUUUACUCUUUACAAAUAUGAGCAGUGAUCCAGCUAACUUUCUAAGGGUAAUCCAGACGACAUGGGUCAUCUUGAAACAAAACCAAGUUGGUGAAUUGGUACUUGAGAACUUGCAACAGGAAAUAGCCACUAAAUAUCCUGAAGACCUUGCUCUACAAAAAGUUAUCACAGGGCUUGUGAAAGUGCUGCUUAACACCACCGAUUUUCUGAUUACUGAUGCUUCUUCACUGAAUUCCCAGUUCCUGGAUACAUCUUUGGCAGAAUUGCAAACAUUACUUGAGGAGUUAAAUUUGAAUUUGACUUCAGAGGGGCUGCAGGGAGAUUUUACGAAUGCCACACAGGUUUUAUCAGUCUUUCUGAAAAGUAUUGCCCAAGAGAUACAGUACUUAAACACCCAGAUAGGCUUUCUCUCUCCCUACAAUGUUUCCAACCAGGACCUGACAGAACUUCAGUUCUUAAUUCAGAACUGGAUCUCCACAUAUUCAGGUUCUGCUAACCUCAGUGACACCACAUUUAUUAAGAUUUGGGCUCUCUUUAAUCAGCCCCAAUUCAGUCAAAUUUUGCAAACAUUUUUUAACUUGACCUAUAACAAUUCUACUGUUUCAAACUCAUUGAUCACUGAUGCCUUCAACAUCAUAAACCAAAUAAUACAUUUGAGUAAUAGUUCUGACCUCACGGAAGCCUACUUAAAACAGAUAAUGCAUUUUUUAAUAUCUGAUUUUACCUUGAUGAAUAACAUUUUGAACUUAAAUUCAUACUUUAGUUCUAGCAGUCUGAUGGAUUUUUUACAAUCUGAUGCCAUCACAAAUUUUGUCUUGGAUUAUUUUUCUCCAUCUAACUUACAAAACCUGGGUUCUAAUGCAUCCAGCAUAACCUCAAGUUUGUUCAAGCUUCUCUCUUCAUUCAUUUCUUCUAAAGAUCAAGAGAUUUUCCAGAAUGUAGAGAAUGCCACUGUAUCUCUCCUGGAGUCGGUCAUUAUAUGUCAGCAGGAAAUCAGCAACUGCACACAAAGUAUUCUUGGUUUUCAGCAAGUGAUGGUUAAAUUUAUGCUAUUUUUUACUUCUCAAAGUAACAGCACUGCACAGAAGGAACUUACCAAAGGACUUCUCCAGUUUCAAAAUUUCAGCAGUGCUGAAAAAUCUGUAAUUAAUAAGAUGCUUUCAUUACUGGUAUAUUUUCAAGAACCAAGCAAUUACAUACCCAUCUCAACCUCUAAUAUCUCUAUGCAGAUUCUAGAUGCAGUUAGUCUUAUUGCCAAUAUGACACUAACAAGUGAUCAGAGUGUAUUGACCAACCUUACUCAAAUAGAAGAAAUUAUACAAAUUUUUAACAGUACCCUUGAAGUGCUAAGGUCUGUGGAGUUUGCAAAUGUAAUGACUUCAUCAGAAUGUUACAGUGGAGGAACGGACCCCCUGCAGUGUACUCUAAAACUAAUUUCUGGUGUUCUUGAUCUUCUUCAGUUCUUACCAUUAACACAGCCACAAAACAAUGCUAUAUUUGUUGCCACCUCUAUUGCUAAAACAAUGUUAGGAGAACUUGAAGGGGUGUCAAAUAUUUAUCAGCAGUUGAGUUAUGUGUAUGGAUCUACACAGCUGGCACUUCAGAAUAUUCAGAAUAAUUCGACUCUGCUGGAGAUAAAAAAUAUUCUUACAAGCACUGUACAAGUCUUAGAGCAAAUCCAGCUAAUUUUGAAUUCUACUACCCAAGAAUCAGGGAAAAUUAUUGGAAAUCUAUUGGAACUAUUGCAAUCCACAAAUCUCAAUUCCACUAUUCCUUUCCUGAGUUUAAAUCAAACUUCACAAGAACUAAAUAAUAUGAAAACUCAACUUCAGAUAUUUAAGUGGUAUAUUAUAUAUGUAAAAAAUGCAACCGAAAAUCUCAGCAACUCUGUGAAUAUUUAUCCAUUUGUUACUCUGACAGAAUUAAUUUUAAGUAAUUUCAUAUCCAGCAACCCUUCUCUCUUGUCAGUCACUAAUGAAAUACAAAAUGUAGUGAAUGUGUUGGAACAAUUUCAUAUUGUACCUUCCCUCCAAACCUUAGCAAAUGGUAUAUUAAAAAACGAUACUCAAAACUUAGAACAGUUUCUCAACAAUAUUGUUUCUGUACUUCAAAUUAUACUUCAAGAAGAAUCUGUUAAUGGAACGAAUGGACCCCCCGGGAGUACCUUUUUUAUUGAAGCUGUGCAAAAUUAUACAAAUUUCAUUUUCCAUUUGUUACAGACUUAUGACAAUGAGAGUUUAGGUGAUUCAUCUUCUGCCUUAAGCUAUAUUGAGAAAAACAUUCAAGCCUUGCAAAGUGUUGUGAAUGAUUCAAAUCUGCUUGCAAUAUUUAACAAUGAGACUUUCCAAAGUAUUUUUAUCAUAUCUAAGGAGAUCAUGCUUCUCGUUAACAAUGUUAACAAUGCUGAAAAUUUAGGAAAUGUCAGCAAUGAAAGUAUUGAUAAUAUAUACAAAAUGCUGCAGCAACUUUGGAAGACGAGUAGUGUUCUGAAUUCAACAUCUUUUGAAGAGGAACUGAAGAAUAUUUUGCACCUCAGUAUGGAGUGUUUAUUAAACACUACAACUUCAGGAAUUAAUUGGAACUGCUCUGCAACAGAAAUUAUAAAUGCAGUUCAGGUGUUAUUAAAUGAUUCUGGUUGCCAAUUUUCCCUGGCCCUUCCUGAGUCUAUGGCUUGGAGUAGUAUCCUAGAAAGUGGAAUUAUGUCCGCAAUACAUGAAAGCAUAACUGGAUGCACCAUAGAAGACAACAGUGUGAAAGAAGAAUUAGUCUGUCUCCCUGAAUCACUCGGCCUUGUCAUCACAUUCAUCUCGAGAAUGAAUAGUGUCUUUGGUUUCAACAUUACCUGGGUUCAAGAAAUAGAGACAUCAUUUGCACUUUUCUCAAAAGAGUUUGAAGGAAACAACAUAACAUGUACUGCUCUAGAUAGGCAUAUUCUAGAUAUUAUUAAUGAGAUUUCUGAAACUGAAGCAAACUCUUUAAAAUAUUUAAUUUCUACUAUUUAUAACCAGUCGACAAAUGGACAGAAUCUACUGCAAUAUUCUGAUUACUGGAAUGAAAUAAUACAGUUAUACCUUUCCACACAAGGCCAGACACUUUCAAAUGAUACUAUUUUUAACAUUUUCAAUUAUACCAUAUUUCAGUUGAUUAAUAUCCCUCAAGACAGCACAAAACCUUGGCUUGUAGUGUCAGCAGUUUUGGAAACUUUAAGUAACUUGUCAACAAGUCUUGGAACAAGUGAGAAAACAAAAGAUUUAAUUCUCAUUCUAAACAGUGUAAACACGUUGGGUGGAUUGACUGAGAAAGUACUGAAUUUUAUCAGACUGCUGCCAAAUGAUUACCUUUCCAAUGCUCUAAAUGGAAACAUGUCAGCCUUUUUAAAUCCUAUUGUGCAGUGGUUAUCAGCACAGAAUGCAACAGAUAUGGAAGGCUGUGAAAGUUCCCUGCAAUCCCUCCUGAUGUCCUUUGAGCAUAUGAACCUAACCGUUUUAGCGAUCGAUGAUGGCUUGGUAGCUAAUAUGAGUACAUUGGCAUGCAAUUUCAUAUUUAACAAUGAUUUCAAAACUGAUUGGAUGGAAUACCUGAAAAUAAUCACAGCUGUCAUACUGAGUAAAGAAUCAGCAGCUUAUCCAAAUGCUAGCAAGUAUCUAGAGAUGGCACAGAAGACAAUAGACUCUAUUAAAACGUUUGUAAGUGUUACCAGUGUGGAGAACUUUGCUAGCUUUAUUCGUUCCCUAACUGAAGUGUUUAAAGAACCAAAUUCUACAAACAACUGGGCCGCCUACCAAGCUGUACAUGAUUUCAUUACUUCUUUACAGUCAUUGAUAAAUGAGACAUUAAACAGUGGGACCAAUGAAUCAAUCAAAGUAGAAAAUCUCACCAUCCAAGCAUUUGGAACCGUCAGCACUUUCCUGAAUGGCCUCAAUAUUACAGCUUACAACAAGAUAUUCUCAUUGGCCUCUGAAAUUGUUCAAAUCUCUUUCAACAGCAAUGACACCUCAAGUGUGAACAACCUUGUCCAAAGGACCCUAAACCAAAUUUUAACAUAUCUCCAACAAAAUGGAUUAGAACAGUAUCUUAUCCAGACAUUGCAAAGCCAUAUCUCCAGUCUCAACUUCGAGAAUCCAGAUGUUUUGAACAUCCUGCAGAACUUCCUGAAUAUUGUGUCCAAACAUAUCAAUGGAACUGCUUCUGAAGCUGAAUUUUCGGACAUCAACAUAUUUGUAAACAUGAUAAAUGCCAUUGCUUAUCAGGUCAAUCAAACUACAUUUCAGGGACUUCUGAGUGAAAAUAGCCAGAACAUCACAGAAUACAUUGCAGCUCUGGUGACUGCUGUCGAAAAUGUUCUUCAGCAGAGCAACAUCUCACUUGCAUGGGUGCCUUCUCAAAAUGAAACAGGUCAAAUGUUCAAUGAUCUUGAAACUCUGAUAAAUAGCUGGAUAACAAAACAGGAUAUAGAUACCGACCUUUUCUUUAACAACAGCACUACCUUAGUCAAAAUAUUGUAUAAUUUAUAUGCAAUGGAAGACAAGGGAUUGUUAUACAAGAUCUUAAAUUCCACUAACAACAUUGUAAAUGUUUCUUUUGUACUUGAUGUGCUAGAACAUUUUUAUGACUUUACCCAUCUCAACAGUACAAACAAUCCCAGUGCAGCAAAAGAAUUGUACUUAAAACAGUUAGUCAAUUUUAUCUCUGGUAGUCAGCUAAGUAAAUUACUCUCUGAAUUAAACUUCCUGUUUAAUAUGACGCAGAAUGCUACAUUUCUGCCAGCCAACAAUUUUAAAGAUGUUGCACUAGAACUGCUGCAACUUGUAAAUUCUUCCUCAUAUCUUUACAAUAUUAGUGACCAGAGCAACCUGAUUGCUGCACUGUUUAACAAUUUGACAGUUUACAUUCCACAGAAAGACCAAGAGAGCUUCAAAAAUAUUACCAGUGCCUUAAUAACAGUCUUUGAAAUACUUCAAAAGAACAGCCAGGAUGCAGACACAUACAUCAAGGGGGUCUCUGUCUUCCAGAACUUGAUUGUGGAUGUAGUUCACACUAUAACAUCUAUGGAGAUGCAUGGACUUGAAGAGUCAUUUUAUAACAGGUCCAGGUUGCAAUUAGAAAUGCUUGAGGACUCUGAAAUUUCUUUGAUAAACAACUUGUUUUUGGUGAUUUGGAACAUGCAGCAGAACUCGUACAAUUUUUCUGCAAGUUUCACAGAUGUGUAUGAACAAGUGCUCUUUGCAAGUGAACUAAUCAUGAAUAUCACAGAAAAUGUAAAUGUCACUCACUCUGAUGUUGGUUCUGAUAUGGAGCUGGUCAAGAAUAGCCUGGAACCCAUGAAAAUGAUUCUGCAAGCAACCAGCAAUAUGACAGAAUCACUUCUUCAGAUAAUAGGUAUCCAACAGAGUUUUUUUUGUCUAAACCAGACAGAAGAUGGUAAUUUUCUUUGUGCCUUUAAUCUCACUUACCAACUUUUGAACCUACUGCAAAAUCUACAACUUCCUGAUCCGUUGCCUGAAAAGAUUGCAGAAAUGUCUUCACUAGCUGAUUACUGGAUGACUGAACUGAACAUAACUGAUGAUGGGUAUCAGCAGAUGGCAUCCUUUUAUGAGUUAACAAAAUCGUUCUUGCAAAAUGAUCCUGCACUCCAAACACUAUUCACUACAUUAGCAAACAUAUCGCAGACCCUGCAAGAUAUAGGAAAUUACAAUUUUACCAGUUCUUUCAGCAUUGAACAAAGCAUUAUGAUGAUAAGUAAACUACUACAGUCAUAUGGAAAUAUCAACUCAUCAAACAUUACUUUCAACAUAAAUAUUGACCAGUUGGAGAAAGCACAAGCCCAACUUGACAUAGUGCAGUGGUAUGUAACAUUUAUAGGAAAUCAGACUGGAAGCUCCAUCACAUCUGAACAUGAAAUGUAUGCAAUGCACAAACUGACUGAAAUCAUUCUAAGUAACAUACUACCUACCAUUAAAACCUGGUUGACAUUUUGGAAGAAUCCUCAUGAUAUAGUUGAGAUUCUUACUACAGUCAGCCAGUCAACCAAAGAAGUAGAUACACUGCUUCAACUGUUAACGUCUGUAUUUACUGCUAACCAAACAGGACCCCUGAAUAAAAUGAAAAUCUGGGCUGAGCUAAUAGAAAUAGUCAGCAAUAUGAAGACACAGCUGGAUCUCAACACAUCUGUUAUGCCUGAACUGACAACAAUCUGGGAUAUUGUAGAUGGCAUCUUGGCUGGCAAGUGGAAUAUGACUUAUAUAGAUGAUUUAGCGAAUGUUUUGCAAAGUGCUCUUCUUAGUCAAAAUAUUUCCAAAGAACAAGACCUCCUAAAAGUCUAUGAAGUAAUAAUUAGUGUUCUCAAUCUAACACAUUCAUCAGGAAACAUGAAUUUCUCACAGCUCUUGCAAUUUAAUUUAGAAUCUUUCUCUACAAUGGAUUGUCUGGGUAUGUUUGAAACAUUGACUGCCAUUUUUCAGCUUACACAGAACUAUACCCCAUCCACGCUGAUGCCCUUUUUUAAUCUCAUCUUAAAUUCAAGCAUUGAGGUAUGUGAUAUUUUACAAUGGAAUAAUUCACAGGAUGAUUGGAACAAGCUUCUUCAAAUUUCCAGACAUAUUAUAAAUUUGGUUAGCCCAUUUGCAUCAGAGAGUGAAAGUAAAUACUUAAUUGUAGCUGAAAAUCUGAUUUCACUGGCAACAGAACUCAUUGCAGAACCUUCCCAGAAUACCAUAGUCACCAUCAUGAAAAUUGUACCAACUAUAAGUGAGCUGUUUGGCAAUACAGCAAACAUCACAGGAUGGACAGAGAAUGCAAAUCUUCAGAAUGUUCUUUACAUGUUACUUGAUUUGGCCUGGAGUUUCUCUUCACCCAAAGAUGUUAUUUUACUGAAAGUUGAAAAUCUAAUUUUGGAAGCAAUACAACCAUUACAAGACAUGCUUACUGCUGAGAAUGACACUUUGUGUAACAAAAUGUUAAUUUUUUCAUUGGAAGCUGUAAAACAAUAUAUCAACACAAUUCAAAACACAUCUCUCGAAAACAACUUCUACAUUCCAUUCCUGAAGCAAAUGUGGCAGUUGUUUGAAGAAAGUGGCUUGAAAGAUCUAAUUAACUACAAAUUUAAUCAGCCAACUUUGGAAAAUAACUCUAUGACUUCCAGUUAUCCAACUAUUGAAGGGCGUGCCCUGCAGAUUUUGUUUAAUGUCACAGAUUUGAUCAUUUCUGAAACAUCUCUGAGUCCACCAUACAUAACCACAAACACAACAAUGACAAUAUUACAAACUGUUUUAGAAGAUGUCCUGAUUGCCUUUCUACCACAGUCUGAGAACAUCACAAAUGCCCUAGAAGACUCAUUACAGACUGUUCUAAAUGUGACUAGAAUGGUGCUUGAUGUUUUAAGCCAAAAUAAUAUCAGCCAGCUGGACAUCUUAGUUAAUACUCUGACCAACAUGACAUUUGGAACAAAUCUCUCCAAUGAUACUGCUGAACUAAUUCAACUAUUCUCCAUUAUUAAUAAGACAGGUCUCAUUCCUCAGAUAGCCAACACUAUAGAGACUAUCUUCACCUCUGAUAAUGUGGAACUGGGUAAGCUAUUCUUAAAUGCACUGAACAUGUUUAAUAAGCUCAACCAAUUGAAUGACACAAGUACUAUUCAAGAACUUUCUUCUAUCUUCAACACAUAUUUGCCCAAUUCUUUGGAAGCUGGUAACGAGGCACAAAUGUCUUUCAACACCAUUCUAAACCUAUUGGUAUACCUUAACAGACUGUCGGAACAACAACCUGAAGAUAUUGCUAAUACCAUUACAGACAUCUUACCAUUCUUCUUAUCUCCUGAAUUACAAAAUCUUACUAAUGACGCAGUUAAUCAAACCAGUGAUCUCCUCAGUAUAAUUUCCAACUAUAUGCCACUGACAGAACAGGAUAUCUUUCAGCAAAUAGCAAAUACCACUCUCUUGAUCAUAGAAUCUGUACAACUGUGCAGGUCAAUGCCAGAAAACUGCACAGGCAUUGUUGAAGGUUUCCAGAACUUCAUGUUGGAUGUUGCACAACUUCAAACCGUAAUACAGAACGAGGGUUUGGGAGGACAGUUUGCCAACCUCUCAUUAACACAGUUUGAGACGUAUGGGAGAUUACAGAAAACUCUGAUUAAUGACCUGUUUCUUCUGCUUUCAUUUGCUCAGGGCAAUAAUUCAUCUGAAACCAUGUCAGGUAUUUACGAAGAGGCCCUUGGAGUGAUUAAUUUGAUUUUUAACAGAACAAAAGAUGAGUUAGAUAUCAUCACCCCUACAGCCUUACAGAGUAUUAUGGAGGUACUGAAAUCUACCAACAUCACAGAAUUCCUUCUCCAGAUUGACAACUUGCUGAAUGCAACACUCUGCAUUAACACAGCAGAUGCAGACCCAUUACUGUGCAGCCUAGACCUAACCAACCAACUCACACAGCUCUUUCAGUUAUUACCUUUAACUCAGUCAAUGCAUGAUACACUGUCGAUAAUAUCAUCACUAGCAGAACAGUGGAUAGGUACCAUAAAUGUCAAUCUUCCUAUAUACCAACAACUCAUUUACCUCCAGAAUGUAACAAUUUACACAUUUCAGUACCAGCCAGUGUUACAUGCUAUAAACUCAUCUGUUUUAAAUAUUAUACGGAUACUACAGGAAGCUGGAAUAUCAUUGAACUUUAAUAUGAGUGGUACAGCAUCUGCAAUCAACCUUCUGUCUGAGCUUUUACAAGCAAGUGACUUUGAUGCUUCUAGAUAUAAUCUAUCAUUUGUAUCCAUCCAUAAUAUCAGUGAGCUUCUGGAAAAAAUUAGGUUGCAGCUUAAUGUUGUUCAUGGACUUUUGCUCCAAGUGAAAAACCAUACAGAGAGUAUGAGCACAACUCCAGGGUCCUAUGCAAUGGAUACAAUCACUCAAUGGAUAUUAGAUAAUUUCAAGCAAAUUGGCCAACUUAUUGAGAAUUCACAAUCUGUAAUAGAAUCCUUCAACAAUUCAUUGACUUUAUCGGAUCUAAUGCAGUCCCUUAAUGAAAUAAGACAAAAGGAGCAGUUGCAACUUCUUAUACAGCAGUUUGGAUCAGCAUUGCAGAAUAUAUCAAACUCUGCAUUUAUUUCAAAUUCCUUUUUAAAUGAAACCCUAGCAACUAGUAAAUGGGCACCAAUUCUAGAAUUCUUAGUAAAAGUUACAAACAAAUCCAUUUCUGAAAUAUCCCUCAGCCCACCAUACAUAACCACAAAUGCAACCAUAAAAAUACUCUUGAAUGUUUUAGAAGAUAUUCUGAUAACCUUGCAACCACAGUCUGAGAAUAUCACAAAUGCCCUAGAAGAUCCAUUGCAGACGGUUAUAAAUGUGACUAGAGUACUGGUUGAUAUUUUCAGUCAAAAUAAAAUCAACAUGCUAGUUAGUAGUCUGACCAACAUGACAUUUGGACUAAAUCUCUCCAAUGAUACUGCUAAACUUCUUCAACUAUUCUCCAUCAUUAAUCAGACAGGACUCGUUCCUCAAAUAGCCAACACCAUGCAGACUUUGUUCACCUCUGACAAUGUGGAAUUGGGAAAACUGUUCAUAAAUGCCCUAGACAUGUUUAAUAAGCUCAACCAAUUGAACGACACAAGUACUAUUCAAGAACUUUCUUCCAUCUUCAACACAUAUUUGCCUAUUUCUCUGGAAUCUGGUAACCAGACACAAAUGUCUAUAAAUACCAUUCUAAACCUAUUAGUAUACUUUAACAGAUUGUCGGAACAACAACCUGCAGAUAUUGCUAAUACUAUUAUGGACAUCUUACCAUUCUUCGUAUCUACUGAGCUACAAAAUCUUACUAAAGAUGUAGUUAAUCAAACUAGUGAUCUCCUUGCUUUGAUUUUAAAAUAUAUGCCACCAACAGAACAGGAUAUCUUUCAGCAAAUAGCAAAUACCACUCUCCUGAUCAUAGAAUCUGCACAACUGUGCAGGUCAACGCCAGAAAACUGCACAGACAUUGUUGAAGGUUUCCAGAACUUCAUGUUGGAUGUUGCACAACUUCAAACAGUAAUAGAGAACAAUGGAUUUGAAGGACAGUCUGGAAACAUCUCAUUCGCACAGUUUGAGACAUAUGGGAGCUUACAGAAAAUUCUAAUUAACAAUCUAUUUCUUUUGCUUUCAUAUACUCAGAGCAAUGUCUCUGAAAACUUGUUAGGUGUUUAUGAAGAGGCCCUUGGAGUGAUUAAUUUGAUUUUGAAUAGCACCACAGAUGAACUAAACACCAUCACACCUACAUCCUUACAGAGUAUUAUGGAAGUACUGAAAUCUACCAACAUCACAGAAUUCCUUCUCCAGAUUGACAACUUGCUGAAUGCAACACUCUGCAUUAACAAAGCAGAUGCAGACCCAGUACUGUGCAGCCUAGACCUAACCAACCAACUCACACAGCUCUUUCAGCUACUACCUUUAACUCAGUCAAUGCAUGAUACAGUAUCCAUAAUUUCUACAGUAGCAGAACAAUGGAUAGGUGCAAUAAAUGUUACUCUUCCUACCUACCAACAGCUCAUUCAUCUCUACAACAUAACAAUUGUUACUUUUCAGUACCAACCCAUUUUACAAGCAAUUAACUCAUCCAUUAUUAACAUUAUACAAUUACUGCAGGAAGAUAGAGUAGUGGUCAAUGAUGCUAAUAUGAAUGUGACAGAUACUGUUGUCAAUCUUCUGUCUGAGAUUUUACAAACAACUGGCUUUGAUCCCACUAUGUACAAUCUUGUGCAUGAAUCCACUUAUAAUAUCAGUGGCCUUCUGGAUAACAUUAGAUUACAACUUGAUGUUGUUCAGUGGCUUUUGCUCCAAAAUAUAACCCAGACCGCAGGUAUGGACACCACUCAAGGCUACUACACCAUGAAUGCAAUCACACUAUGGAUAACAAAUAAUUACCAAACAAUUGAUGAUAUUAUGAAGAAUUUUAUAUCAACAGUGGGCUCACUCAACAACACCUUUAGUCUUACAGAUCUUGUACAUUUAUUUAAUGCUACAGUUCAAAAUAAACAGCUUCAGCUUUUUAUCCAAGAGGUUGAAUUGGCGUUGCAGACUUCAUCAGAAUUUACUUUGUUUGAAAACUUGCUAAAUAAUGAAAAUAUACAAAAAGAUGCUGAAUUAGCCUUGCAACUUGUGCAAGAGAUUAGUCAAAUCAAUUCAGUAAAUAUAUAUGCAUCCAUCAAUAAAGUGAUUCCAAUUUUACAGGGAUUGAUGGAAAUAGAACUAGGAUACUUGUAUCAAUUCCACAACAAUGUCACAGUAGCAAAGGUAUUCUCCAUAGUGCAAGAAGGCAUGUCAAUUCUUUAUAACAUUCAAGUUAAAGGUUCAAUAGAUAAGGAUAUGGUCUUCAGAAUAUAUAACUUUACCUACUUGUUAGUACAGGAUGAACUGAACUGGAUUCCAUUUCAAAACAUAUCGGCCAUGGAAGUUGAACUCCUGGAUGUCUGGUACUUAGCUAUGAGACCGUUCCUGGGAGGCAAUGGAUCUCAAGAGUACAUAGGUAACUGCACAGCUGAAGAUGUUCUAAAUAUACUCGUUCAAACAAUAUUCAAAAAUGCCACAGGAAGUGAAUCAAUGGUGGAAGCAAAUUGCCUAUGGCAGUUUGUCUAUAACAGUUCUGAUACAAGCAUAAGGAGCAACCAAACACUUAAUGAAAUAAUUUAUCUUGCUUUGCAAAGCUCUCCAAUAUUCCAUAAUAUUUGCAGUGAGGACAGUUUGCACCCAUUAGCAGAAGAGAUGGCUUGUUUAUUGCAAUUGAUGGAACUCUCUGUUGGUAUACUGGCAGGUUUAAAUAAUGCUUCUGGUUUGCACAUACCAAUUAUUCAGUCACUUAAUGAAAGUCUCAACUUCAUUUGUGAGGACAUGCCAGAACACAAUACCACAUUUCAACCACAAAUAUAUUUAGUAAAACUUCUUGAUCAGCUCUUUUUAAAUCAAUCCAGCCCAAUACAUUUUUUCAUUCAAUUUCUGGUGGAUAACUCUGAGAUAAACAUACAGACAUCUGAUUUUCAAUUGAACUGGGGAAAUAUAACUAAGACCCUUAAUGUCUUAGCUAUAAUUAAUGGACAAGUUGAUAGUCGUAUUUAUGAUCUUAUUGAGCUAAUUGUAAAUGUAACACAUCUUCCUUAUUUCAUCGAAUCCUGGGACAUUUUGGACAGUUUCUUGUCUAUGAACUGGACAGCGGACGAAGUUAGUAACUCUGUUUCUAUUCUGGAAAAAUUAAGAAGAGCAAUUGUUCUCAUUAAUAGUGGCGUGGAGGCAAAAUCAAUCCAGAUUUAUCAUGCUGUUGUUUCACUUUUAAAAACCCCAGGCUUUCUUGGUUCACCCCCUGCCAUAGAGUGUGAAACUGCACUGGGAGCAAUUUUCAGAUUUUCUGAUUCUAUCUGGGUUGCAUUUGAUUCUAAUCACUCAAGCUUGCAGGAAGAGCUACUCUCAAAUAUAAGCUCAUUGGCAUGUAAUUUGCAGAACACUCAGACAUCAACGCGUAUGGAUGAACUGGCAAAAAUUAAAAAUAUUUUACCUUACCUGGUAAAUUUUUUACCAGAUGUGGUGCCCAACUUUUUUAGUGCUACAGAGACAAUUAUUUCAUUUCUUGGCAUUGCUUUCUCUGAAGAUUCCCAGGAGACCAUUCUAAUGAGUGCUUUUGAACUGUUAAUAGCAGAAUUGAGGCUCUUUAAUACCACUGUCAUAGCAGAUUCGCUGGAAGCAAUCCCUUUACAGAGCAUCUAUUAUUUGAUAAAUAAUAUCACCACUAACUUUGCAGGCAAUAUAACAACUCAACAGAUGGCCAUUGCAGAAGAUGUUUUCAUUGUCCUAUCAGAGGCUCUCAAUGCCUCUUCUUCUUACACCCAGGUCUUAUCAUCCGUAUCUAAACUUGUGGCCUUACUUCCGAGUAGUUUUUUGACAAUCAGCAAUACAUCUCAGAAUCUUUUAACCCUCACAGAAGAAAUUAUGUUUAUUGUUCAGAAUGAUGAGGCUUUUCAAACUCCAAACAAUACAAUUUUGACUUGCGUGAAGAAUUUAACACAACAUUUUUCCAACUCCACAUCAGGGAACCUUGAUGAAGUGAUGCAGACAAUCCAGGAUUUGUUUACUCAAAGCAAUGUAUCAGCAAACACAUCAAUGAUUCCAGAGUUGCUCAAGCUAAAGAUAAAUCAACUGCAGAAUUUGACAACAGUUAUGUGUGGAUUUAGUGGCUCCCAGUCAUGUUUAUUAGCUUGCCAGUACAACACAUUGUUGCAAUACACACUAAACCUUGUGGAAACAGAGAUACAAAGUGUUGCGACUGCGGCAAGUACAGUUUCUUCACUGAACAUAACCACAAUCCUGGGCAGAGUGGGGGAGAUAUUACAAACUGUUCUUACUUCCGUGCUUAGUUCAUUAAUAUCGAUUCCAGACAUUCCAAAUUUUAAUUUGACGGAUAUCACUGAAACCUUCAACAUGACUUCUACAAAUACAUCUACAACAAGCCAAGCAACAUUAGGAAACCUGUUUGACAACAGCAGUCAGGUGGUGGACCAAUUGACACAGGUGGUGAAUCUCAGUAAGACAAGUGCUGAAGCCCUAAUGAAUGUAGAAAUUCCAGAGAAUGUAACAGAGGUUUUAUCUUGGAUUACGACCCUUCAAGAGUGUUACUCCAAUUACUCCAUUGUAGAUGAAACUCUACAAGAGUUUUGUAACCUGGCUCCUGAUAAAAAGUAUCAAAUGGCCAUUAUAUUUCUGCAGCAUGUGGAUGUGUUCAAGUUGUUUUAUAGAUUACUUGUUCCAACAACCUUGCAAACACAGAUGGCUCAGUUACUGAAUUUACUGGAUAAUCUGAUAAAACAAAUAGACACUUAUAUGAUUAACAUUCCUUCUGAACAAGAAAUGACUCAACUGCUGUCCAUAUUAAAUAUUUUGUAUCCAGCCACAAAUACAACUACAACUACAUCAGCUAAAACAGUUAGCAGCAGAAGUGAAAAUGAUAUAUUUUUAAUGACAAGAAGCACCCAGACUACCUCCUUCCAGAGCAUCUUAAAAUAUCUUUGUAAUAAGAAUUACCAGUAUCUCACUUUAGCACUCAACUCUCUUAUACCCACUGUAGUUAAGUCAAAGCAAGCUACUGCGAAAGAUAUUACAAGUACCUAUGGAAUUCCUGGUGGAGACAGUUUUUGCUUAGAAUUGUUUUCGAAUCUGGUCAAUUCAACAUCUGGUGCUGCCUACUGGAUUAUUCUAAAACCCAUGGUAUAUGGACAAAUACUUUAUACACCAGACACAGAGGAAACAAAAACAAUAAUGAAUAAGACUAAAAAUAUUCUGCUGGAGGUCCAGGGUUACAAGGAAAACAUCACCAGUUAUUAUAAUCAGAUCCAGGAGUUGGUGAAUAACUGGCCUCUGCUCUCAAAAGCUCAACCUCUGAUUAAAACACUGCAGACAAUAAUCGACAAUUCUUUUGUAAGUGCCAUUCUACAGGAAACCCUCAAUAUUAAUAGCACUGAGCUCUCCAGCAAAUUAAAUGCAACUGUAAACUUCAUCAAUUUUGCUAACGUUAAUAUGCCUAGAAUAGCAAUAUUUGGAAAUAUUGCUGGUGUGUUAUCAAGCUUGCUUUCUUGCGUGGUUUACGACCGUGUCCAUCCCAUGAGUAGUGUAAAUGAGAUGCUGGUGAAAGCACAAAGUUUGCAAGAAACUAACGAACUGUUUGCAGCUGUUACAUUCGAUCUCCCCUCUGGAACCAGUCGAAAGAAAAGAGCUGCCUUUGGGACAUCAACUUUGCCCAAGCAAAUUAAAUACAGCAUCAGUAUGCGUUCACUGCUAUCACAAGACACAAGUUCCAUCAGAGACUCUUCCUGGAUUCCGGGGCCACACAACUCUAUAAAUUUGUAUAGUCGAGGCUUUGUCUACCUACAGGAAAACAUUGAAAGAGCCAUUGUUGAAAUGCAGACAAACAAGAGUUUGGAUGAUGUAGCUGCACAGUACCAGCCUAUGCCAUACCCCUGUUACAGCAAAGAUAAUUUCCUCUACAGCAUGUCCUUCUCACUGCCCAUUGGAUUGAUGAUCACUUGGGUUCUCUUUAUCGCUUCCUUUGUAAAAAAACUUGUGCAUGAGAAAGAAAUGAGACUGCAUGAGUAUAUGAAGAUGAUGGGAGUGAACUCCUGCAGCCACUUUUUUGCCUGGUUAAUUGAGAGCCUGAUUUUUCUAAUUUUAACUGUCAUAAUCCUUGUGCUGAUCCUGAAAUAUGGCAAGAUCCUUCCAAACAGCAAUGGAUUUAUUCUUUUCCUAUUUUUCCUAGAUUAUAGUCUAACAGUGAUUGCCAUGAGUUACCUUAUUAGUGUCUUCUUCCACAACACUAAUGUGGCUGCAUUGAGUGGCAGCUUAAUCUAUAUCAUUGCUUUCUUCCCAUACAUCGCAGUGGCAUCACAUGGAAAUUCUAUAUCGUUUGCUGGGAAGAGUUUGUUGAGCUUGUUUUCUCCCACAGCACUGAGCUAUGGAACUCAGUAUAUUGUGUAUUAUGAACAACAAAAUAUAGGAAUUCAGUGGAAUAACAUGUAUGAAUCUCCCAUGAUUAAUGACACGUUUAAUUGUGGCUGGAUAUGCUGGAUGAUGUUAAUAGACUCUUGUAUUUACUUAAUUGUUGGAGCUUAUAUCCGGACAGUUUUUCCAGGAAAAUAUGGCACUAGUGCUCCCUGGUAUUUCCCAUUUCUUCCAUCUUACUGGCUGAACAGCUGCGGAUUAUCCAUGGUUUGUGCUAAGAAACAGAGUGGUUUGAGGUUGACCAAUAUGAUGUCAAAAGUUGAAUCUAAGAAAAAUGAUUUGGACCUUUCUCCAAAUAAUGAGCCAGAGCCCACUGACCUCAAUAUUGGUGUCUCCCUUCAUGGCUUAACUAAGACCUACAAGUCCAAGGUGGCCGUUCAAGAUCUGAACCUGACAUUCUAUGAGAGCCAUAUAACAGCACUUCUUGGACACAAUGGUGCCGGAAAAACAACCACUCUUUCUAUGCUGACUGGCCUAUUCAGUGCCACAUCAGGGACUAUAUAUGUAUAUGGUGAUGAUAUCAGAACUAAAAUGGACCGUGCAAGAAGAAACAUGGGAGUCUGCAUGCAGUAUGAUGUAUUGUUUGAUCAUCUAACAACUAAAGAGCACCUGCUGCUAUAUGGGUCUAUUAAAGCACCCCAAUGGAAAAAGAGACAACUACACGAAGAAGUAAAAAGGAUCUUGAAAGACACUGACCUGUAUAAUCAUCGUCACAAGCCAGUAAAGGCCUUAUCUGGUGGGAUGAGGAGAAAGCUGUCCAUUUCUAUAGCUCUGAUUGGUGGAUCCAAAGUUGUUAUCUUAGAUGAACCCACCACAGGUGUAGACCCGUGCUCAAGGCGUGCUAUCUGGGAAGUUAUUUCCAAGAACAAGAUUGACAAAACAAUAAUUUUAUCUACUCACCACUUGGAUGAGGCGGAGAUUUUGAGUGAUCGAAUUGCUUUCCUUGAGCGGGGAGGACUGAGAUGUGUUGGAUCUCCAUUGUUCCUUAAAGAGAAGUUUGGAACUGGCUACCAUCUUACUCUCACCAAAAAGUUUGCAAGUCGGGAAGAUGAAAAAUCGUGCAAUACAGAGAGAGUGACUGCACUUAUCCAGUCACAUAUCCCAGAGGCAAACCUGAAAGAAGACGUGGGUGGGGAACUUGUGUACACCUUGCCCCGGUUCAGUGCAGAUAUAUCCGAAGCCUAUUUAUCUCUCCUCAGAGCUCUGGAUUCCAGCCUAAGUGAUUUACAUAUUGGUUGCUAUGGAAUCUCAGAUACCACUAUUGAAGAGGUGUUUCUUAAACUGACUGAUGGUGUUCCCGAUGAUGAGCAAGAUGACACAACUUCAUCUAAUGCACAGUUAGUUUUGCCAGUAACAAGUAUGGACACUCUUAUGAGUUUGGAGACCUCUUCAUCCAGCUACAGUUUUGAAGACAGAGAUGACCAAGCAUUAACUAGUUCACCAAAUGUCAGUGGCUUGCCUCUCAUUUUCAAGAAAUGUUUGGCUAUAUUUAUUAAGAGAUUCCACAAUACCAGACGAAACUGGAAGGGUGUCAUUUCUCAAGUCUUGCUCCCUGUGUUAUUUGUCAUUGCUGCAAUGGGUCUGGGAAGCCUCUCGUCCAGUACUGCAAGUUACCCAGAACUCGUAUUAUCACCUAAUCUGUAUGGCACCACUGAUCAAUCGGUUCCAUUUGGGUUAUAUAAUGAAAGCACAGAGAAUCUAAUGUCUGCAAUGGACUCUCCCCCUGGCAUUGACAACUACUGUCUGAACAACAACAUAGCAUGCUUGAAUGAAUCCAGUUUAGGGUCAUGGAACUCAACUGGCAACCAGUCACUCACCUAUGGCACCUGCAACUGCUCAAGUGGAUUUUCGGUAUGUGCUGUACCUAAUGCUGUGCCCCCACACCACAGGACCUAUUCUGGACAAAUGCUUUACAAUGUCUCUAAGCAUGUUUUGGAGGACUAUCUGCUAACCACUACUUUGGAAUUUAUCCAAAAACGUUAUGGAGCCUGGAGCUUUGGAGCUCAAAUGAGUAAAAGCACAUUGAGCAACCUCAUCACUCAACCUGAAAAUAGGACAUUAACUACGAUCUGGUAUAACAAUGAGGGUCCUCACAGCCUCCCAGCUUUCCUCAACAGUUUCAACAACUUUCUCCUUAGGUCAAACCUGCCAAAAAAUGUGUCCAACCAAUAUGGUAUUUUUGUAUCCAAUUUACCACUUAAAGGAUCUGUGUCACAGACGAGCACGACUGCGACUUUAGUCAAUACUUUGGUUGCUCUUUCUGUCUUGGCUGGUUACUCCAUCACCACUGCAAGUUUUGUCACUUACAUUGUCAAGGAACAUAACACUGGAGCAAAGAGGCUGCAACAUAUUGCUGGUGUUGGGGAAGUCUGCUACUGGGUGAUACAUUUCAUUUACGACAUGAUCUUAUACUUAAUACCAGUGGCACUUUCAAUCGCAAUGAUAGCAGCAUUUAAGCUUCCAGCUUUCUAUAAUGAUUCUAACCUGGGAGCCGUGUCUGUACUCUUCAUUUUAUUUGGUUAUGCAACCUUUGCGUGGAUGUAUCUAAUAGCAGGAACAUUUAAGAACCCUGGCAUGGCUUUCAUUGUGUAUGUGGGCAUCAACUUGUUCAUCGGCAUCAACACAAUAAUUUCAUCAUCUGUAGUUUACUUUCUCAUCCAGCAAACAAGCACAUCCGAUGUGGACUAUCUGAGUCUAAAUAAUACAUAUAAUGCCCUCACAAAUGUCUUCAAGAUUUUCCCUCAAUUCUGCUUUGGGUAUGGUCUGAUCCAGCUCUCCCAACAGCAGGUUAUACAAAAUCAGAUGUCUUUAUAUGGAUAUAAUGAGAAAGUCAAUGUUUUCAGCAUGGAUAUUUUAGGUUGGAUGCUUUCUGCUAUGGUUAUCCAAGGAACAUUCUGCUUACUGCUGCGACUGCUCCUCAAUGACGGAAUAAUUUUCAGUGUGAAGAGCUUUUUCAAAAGAACUUGCCUGAAGAAGUACCAACUUGUAUUGAAAAAUACAGAUGAAGAUGAUGAUGUCAAAGCAGAGAGAGAGCGAGUAGAAUCCGGUAGGGGAGAUGAAGCUGUUUUAGAACUUCAAGGCCUUUCUAAGAUAUUCUACAAUGUGAAGAAAAGGAUGAUUGCGGUCAAUAAUAUGACCGUGGCAAUUCCACCUGGAGAGUGCUUUGGACUUCUCGGAGUUAAUGGAGCUGGAAAAACAACUACUUUCAAGAUGCUGACAGGGGAUAUUACUCCAUCUAAAGGAAACAUCAAAGUUAGAAACCAAUCUGGGAAUCUGGUGGAUGUUUUGGGUUUCAACCAAGACUGGUCAUCUUUUGGUUAUUGCCCCCAGGAUGAUGCUUUGGAUGACUUAAUGACUGGAGAAGAGCAUUUGUACUAUUAUGCACGAAUUCAUGGGAUUCCAGAAAAGUCAAUUAAAUCUGUUUGCAACAGACUUCUUCACAAACUCCGUCUUGUGCAAUACAAGGAUAGAAUUACUGCCAAUUAUAGCUGUGGCACACGGAGGAAGCUAUCUACCGCUCUGGCCCUUGUUGGACGGCCUUCUAUUCUACUUUUGGAUGAGCCAAGCUCAGGAAUGGACCCAAAAACAAAGAGACAUCUUUGGAAAAUUAUCUCUGAGGAAGUUAAGGAUCGGUGUGCAGUAGUGCUCACAUCUCACAGCAUGGAGGAGUGUGAAGCCCUCUGCACCAGACUGGCAAUCAUGGUGAGAGGAAAAUUUCAAUGCAUCGGUUCCCUGCAGCACAUAAAGAACAGGUUUGGAAGAGGAUUCACAGUGAAGAUGCAUUUGAAAGACUCAUCUGUCAGUGUAGAAACAAUCACCGAGUUCAUGCAUUCUCGCUUCCCAAACACAUAUCUGAAGGAUCACCAUUUCACUAUGGUAGAAUAUCACGUACCAGUGUCUGCAGGAGGUGUUGCCAGUAUAUUUGAUCUUAUUGAAACCAAUAAGGCAAACCUGCACAUCAUUAAUUUUUCAGUCAGCCAGACAACACUGGAUGAGGUUUUCAUCAAUUUUGCCCAAUCUGAAGCAACUCCUGAUAAUUCAAGCAUAAGCAGCCAAGACUUUAUCCAAAGUGUCAGUACCUAGAAAACUGCAAAUAUUUGAAGGUUUACCAAGCAAUCUCAGGAACACCUGACAAUUAAUGCACUUUAUAAAAACAAGGUCAUCUUGAAAGACUAUUUCACUUGAAUUACAUUUUGGGUUAUCUUAUUCAGGAUUUUUAAACAAUCAUUUAAUAUGUGUUUUUACACUUGUGUAAGUCAUGCUUGUAUGAUGUAUAUUUAUUCAAACUUUAAUACGUCUGUUGAAGCUGCCAUGUAGAGUGUGGAUAGAAAAAUUAAGAAUUGAGUAAUCCAUUUUUAAAGGGACUUGCAUUACAUUAUAGUAUAACAUAGGGGUGCCAAUACAGGUAACCUCUCUGCUCUAUGAUGGAC